CCUCCAGUCCCCCAGGACUCUUGAAGUCUUGAAGCUCUCACCUCCACCCCGCCCCCCAUCUCCAAAUGCACCCCAAGGAAUGGUGCCUGUUCCCCUUAGCUGGGACACAGCACCUUUGUUCCAGCCCCUCCACCCCUCACAGUCCGGCUCAGGCCUGGAUUAGCUUUAUCCAAGAGAAGCCAGGAGCCCCUCCUGGAAUGUGACCUGGGGCUGAGGAGGGAGCAAUGGUGUAUGGAAGUGACUUGACAGGCUGGGUCUCUUCAGGGUACCACUUUGCCCCCAGCCCCAGAUUACAACCCCCCCCCACACACAAGGAAGGGCUUUGUACCCCUGCCAGAAGGACCCAGGAGGUGAAGGAGGGUCUCCUUGCCUGUUGUCCCACUGGGUCAGUUCUGCUGGCUCAUGGUCACUUGUGCCCAACUCCCUUACUGGUAAAAGCCUCUUAGCGGGGGUGGGAUGAGGGGACUCUAAGUCCCAGGCCUGGAGAAGUUGUUUAUUCGGCCAGAGUGCAGCCAUAGUAGCCAAGGCUGUAGGAAUCGGUAUCUUCCAGCCUCACGGAGCUCAAAGAAGCACCUCCUUGCAGGCUUCAGGAGAUGUGAGUCUGGACCCUAAAUCCAGAGUCAGGUCCAGGUGAGUGUGCGGUGAGGGCUGUCAGGGGCCAGUUGUCUCUGUGUUCAUAACCAUGCAGAGGGGAGCAGGUAAGAAAAGUCAGAACUGGGAGCUGGGGGAGGGACCUUUAAGGGCUUCCCUGGGCCUCCCACUCUCCUGUUCCGUGGCAGAUGCUAUAGGACUUGGGAACCCCUGCCUAGGGAUGGAGGGCCUAGGUUGUGAACUGCUGGGGCUCAGGUCUCUCUUCCAGAGCCCUUUCCUCUUCCCCAAGGUUUCCAGCUGGUGUACAGGUGCUCACUCAGCCAUCCUACUGGUGGGGAAACUGAGGCUCAGCCGGGAGAGGAGACUUUGCAGGGCAGACUCCUUCCAGAACGGGAAGGACCAGCUGCACCAAAGGCUGCUGAGACAAGGCCAGUAUGUCCUGCUGUUUUAAUCAUGACCUGUUCCUGGUCACAGAGGAAAGUUAGGACAAGCUGGAGGGCCACUACCGCUGGCAGUCACCCCACUGGCUGAUUGGCUCGCCUGUCCACAAACCUAUAUGUAUUCAUGGUGACACUGACAGUCCCCCUACACACACCACACACACACACACACACACACACACACACACACAUCACAGUGGCUGCUGGGCUCUGACACUCACUGCACCCCUUCCCCUGCCAUUACUAGGUCCCAGGAGGUGAGAAGCCCUAGCGAGGAAUCCUUGAAGUCAAGUGUGCACUCACCCUUCACAGGCCUUUGCAGGAAGGUGGGGAGACUCGGGGUGGCCUUCCUACCUUGCUGGCUCUGUAACCCUGAAAGGGCUCUGUGGGCUGCAUGGGGCUGUUUCUCCUUGCAGGUCUCAAUUCAUUUCUCUACAGCACCCACCACUGCCUUUUGUCCCCCCUCUUUCCCAGCAGAGGUAGAGGCAAUGGGCGCUGGAGGCCCACGACGGGGUGCAGGCCCCCCAGAUGGUGGCUGGGGCUGGGUGGUGCUGGGCGCCUGCUUCGUGAUCACCGGCUUCGCCUACGGCUUCCCUAAGGCCGUGAGCGUCUUCUUCGGAGAACUCAAGCGCGACUUUGGUGCAGGUUACAGUGACACAGCCUGGGUGUCCUCCAUCAUGCUGGCCAUGCUCUACGGCACGGGCCCCUUGUCCAGCAUCCUCGUGACACGCUUUGGCUGUCGCCCGGUGAUGCUGGCUGGCGGGCUCCUGGCUUCCGCGGGCAUGAUCCUGGCUUCCUUUGCCUCGCGCCUUCUGGAGCUGUACCUGACUGCUGGGGUGCUCACAGGACUGGGCCUGGCCCUCAACUUCCAGCCAUCGCUCAUCAUGCUGGGACUCUACUUCGAGCGGCGACGUCCCCUGGCUAACGGACUGGCAGCGGCGGGCAGCCCGGUGUUCCUGUCCACGUUGUCGCCGCUCGGCCAGCUGCUGGGGGAGCGCUUCGGCUGGCGCGGCGGCUUCCUGCUGUUUGGCGGCCUCCUGUUGCACUGCUGCGCCUGCGGGGCCGUCAUGCGGCCACCACCAGGGCCCCCGCCUCCACUUCGCCCAGAUCCCGCGGAGGACCGCGCGCCCGGCGGCGGCCGGGCUCGCCGCCGCCUGCUAGACGUGGCGGUGUGCACCGACCGCGCCUUCAUAGUGUACGUGGUCACCAAGUUCCUGAUGGCACUUGGGCUCUUCGUGCCCCCCAUCCUGCUGGUGAACUAUGCCAAAGAUGCGGGCGUGCCUGACGCUGAGGCCGCCUUCUUGUUGUCCAUCGUGGGCUUCGUGGACAUUGUGGCGCGGCCGGCGUGUGGUGCCCUGGCGGGCCUGACACGCCUGCGACCCCACGUCCCCUAUCUCUUCAGCCUGGCCCUGCUGGCCAACGGGCUCACGGACCUGAUCAGCGCUCGUGCGCGCUCCUAUGGCACCCUCGUGGCUUUCUGCAUCGCUUUCGGCCUCUCCUACGGCAUGGUGGGCGCGCUGCAGUUCGAGGUGCUCAUGGCGACCGUGGGUGCGCCCCGCUUUCCCAGUGCGCUAGGCCUGGUACUGCUCGUGGAGGCCGUGGCUGUGCUCAUAGGACCGCCCUCUGCCGGCCGCCUGGUGGAUGCCCUGAAGAACUAUGAGAUCAUCUUCUACCUUGCUGGCUCCGAGGUGGCCUUGGCUGGAGUCUUCAUGGCAGUCACCACCUACUGCUGCCUGCGCUGCUCUAAGAAUACCCCAGCGGGUCCAGCUGCUGAGCGGGGAGCCGGUGACACCGACGAUGUGGAUGCUGAGAGGGAUUCUGAGCCAAUGCCUGCCAGCACUCAGGAGCCUGGCAGCCUGGAGGCUCUGGAGGUGUUGAGCCCCAGGGCUGGGUCCCAAGAACCCAAACCAGAGGUGGAAACAGUGCCUGGGCUGGGUCAUGAGUCUGUGUAGACAUCAGGCAGAUGGUCAGCAGGCAUGACAACAUGGCUUUCCCUCUGAGGGCCUGGCUCAUGGGGAGGCAGCCUGGGGUGAUCCACUGGAUACUCCAUCUGCAAGGCCAUUCAUUUCCAGUGAAGUUGUGGGCUGACAGGAGCACAUGUUGAUAAAGGAACUCUAUUAACUGAAAGAUAUAUCCUGCUCCUGUGCCUGCCAGGGUGGGGGCAAGAAUAGCCAGAAGGGUCUCCACAAGGUCCCCUGAGCCAUUGGAGUCCGUAAGGAAUGGCACUAGGUAGAAACACUGGGGGCUGGCGGUAGAGGGGAUGCUAUAUACUGAAGGCCAUUUGGCCGCCAUCUGCAUGAGGCACAGGGUCAGGGGCAGAGACCGACCCUGGGUCUUCUUCCCGUGCAAAUUUCACAAUCAGUUCCAGAGAGCAUGGGAGCCAGGUGGUCAGCAACAAAACCUCAGAGGCCCUCAAGGUGUGCAUGUCCCCUCGCUGCCCUGAGCCACCCCUCCCCCAGAGGACAUUCUAGUGACCCAUCACUUUAGUCAGAGCACUACUCCUGAUGACACGGCUUUGUGUGCCAUCGGUGGCCCUGGCACCUGCUCUCUCCCUCGGGGACUUGUAGGCCAUGACCUCUUUCAACUGGAGAUUCCUCCUCAGUCACCCAAGUGCCACACCUGGCGCGUGCACUCUGACCCAUGUGAGGGUUUUCCUGUAUCACUCUUCUAGCUAGGAGACCUCAAUGGAGUUUCUACCACAAAUGGUCCCUUCCCACCUACUGGUCCCAGCAGGGCCUCAUUUCCAUCCGAGGUUUGGGGAACCCAGGCAAUGCUCAGUUGCUUACGCUCACCUAUGGCUUCCAGACUCCAGAAGGGACAACAUUUUAUCUAAGCAUUUUCCUGAGAGUGCUUUCUUGGCCAAACACUGUUCUAAACCCUUUAUGUUAGCUUACUGAUUCUCCUAAACCCAAUGAAGUAGAAUUUAUCCACACUUCAGACAGGGAAACAUGCAUCAGCCCUGGGUUGCACAGAGGCCAUUACUGGGUCCGGAGCUGUAGUUUGUUUGGUUGUUGUUGUUGUUGAGACAGGGUU